UGGAGUCAUGUGGUAGUCUGAAUGACUGAUGAAACUGCCCCGGCUAUGAAGCUAGCAGCUAGCUCUGGGAGACACUACCAAAGGUAGUUAACGAUUAUGCGGGGACAGCGUGACUUUUAAUUUUUAAAUAUCAGCAGAGUUUACAGCGCUUUAUUACCCACAACAGGGUGUUAUCCCUGGAAGUAAACAGUGAGUAAAGAAAAGGAGAACAACGCGAGCCCGACGACAGGCCGCAAAUGGAGCCAGGGACCUCGCGUGAUAGUACAACCGGCGCGGGGUGCCCUAAACCGGCCGGUGUGCGUGAGGAGACACCGGGAGAAGAGGCGAAAGGCGGAGAGGGUAGCAGUGCGAUGUUGAAGAGAAGAGGAGGAGACGAAGCCACGGCGGAGGAUGGAAAAGCAAAGUGUGUGGAUGAUGGGGAUGCAGAGAACCAGAGUAAAACCGUGGAGCAGGAGGACGGAGGCAAAUAUGAAGAGGAGCUGGAUCCAAGAAUCCAGGAGGAGCUGGAGCACCUUAAUCAGGCCAGUGAUGAGAUCAACAAGCUGGAGCUGCAGCUGGAUGAUGCAAGAUCGAGCUACAGGAGGAUUCUUACUGAUUCUGCCAGGAAGCUGAACGCCCAGGGCUCCCAGCUCGGUGCCUGCAUUGAGAAAGCGAGGCCCUACUAUGAAGCUCGCAGACUAGCCAAGGAGGCCCAACAGGAAACUCAGAAAGCAGCUCUGAGAUAUGAACGGGCCGUGUCCAUGCAUACCGCCGCCAGAGAGAUGGUGUACGUGGCCGAGCAGGGGCUUUUGGCUGACAGGAACACCAUGGACCCAACCUGGCAGGAGAUGCUGAACCACGCCACCUCCAAGGUGAACGAGGCGGAGGAGGAGCGCCUUCGCAGUGAACGUGAACACCAGCGAGUCACGCAGCUCUGCCAGGACGCCGAGGCUCGAGUCCAGACGCUGCAGAAGGCCUUGAAGAAGGUUAUCCUCAAGUCCAAACCCUACUUUGAACUGAAGGCACAGUUCAAUCAUAUCCUGGAGGAACAUAAGGCUAAGGUGGUUCAGUUGGAAGAGCAGGUGGCCAAAGUAAAAACACGCUACUCUGUCGCCCUGAGGAACCUGGAGCAGAUCAGUGAGCAGAUCCACGCACAGAGGGGGCGGAUGCACGCCAACAGGGGCCGUCCUGCAAUGUGCGGGGGUCGGAGCUCUCCUGUAGGUGCUGAGGCUGAAGUCAGAGCCGCCGUUGGGGUCCACGUGAGCUGCGCAGCCAUGGGUGGGAUAGAAAGCGACUGGGCGGACGGCGAGAAAACCCGGCUGUGGGUGGAGAGGCACAGAGAGAGUGGCUGGGGCCAGAGGGAGAGGCUGGAGGCGGAGCAAGCCGGCUCCGACUGCAUGUCCGUCAUCAGCCUGCAGACCAUCGCCUCCGACCUGGAGAAGUGCGACUCGGUGGAGCACCUGGGCGACCUCAGCGACAGCGGGAGUGUCCUGGGGGAGGAGUGUUACAGGAAGGCAGUGCAGAGGCCCGUCAGCAGGGAGGUGGUGACCCCGGGGCCCCAGCAGGAGCACGGGGACAAGCAGGAGCAGGGAGCCAUGAGGAAAGAGAAGCAGGAGAGCUUUGUCAAACAGCACCACAGGAGUGUUAGCCUAUGAUAGUCAGAGGGAGGAGGAGGAGGAAGAGUGUCAACGGCCGAAGAUCACAGUGAGGGUAUGAUGAAGGAUCAGAGAGAAAACCAGCCCGAGAGAUGAAAUGAAGAGGUCUUCCAAAGAUGGACACGGCACAGCGCUGACACCACAGUCGGCAGAGCAGGGAGUGUUGGCAGGUACAUGGGCCUCACACUAAUGACGCGCUACGUGACCACAAUAAGAGAGAGAGAGAGAGCAGUCCAUCACAAAGCACUGACCGACCCCAACACUGUAGCUCUGCAGCAUCUGACCUGGUGCUUUGCUUUGCAUGUCGAAACACCAUCAGAAGUGUAUGAAACAAACAGAAGACAGAGAAAAGCUCAACACCGGAGAGUACAGACUGGCCAUUUACAAACAACGCAACACACACUCAUACACUGUUUAUUUAACGUCUGUGUUUUUCAUAUCCUCACUGAUCACCUGUGGUCAAACGGGAUCAGGUUAUUUUGCUUCUUCGACGACACAUAGUUAUUUAAAUGAAAUUCUUGAAAACUUGAACACAAUUUAUUUUCGUAGUUUUGUCCCACUGACAAUAACUGUGCAGAUAAAAGUAAGAUAAAGGGAUGAGUCAUCAUGCCCACUCAGUAACUGACACAUUUAUGAAGUUUACAGUCAUUUGCAAAUAUUUGCCUUUUCCUAAAAGUUGCAAAACCCAGUAUAUCCGUAUCUCUACAGUAAACUACAAAGGCUACAAACAUUAAAAACUUAGUGUGUACCCUGUGGUAAAUGCCACUGGCACCACCUGUGGCUAAAAUCUACCAUAUGUGUCAUAUUUUUGUUCGUAUUGAUGCAUGGUGAGGCCAAGAAGAAAGAAUUUCCUGGACCCAUAGGGAACAUUUCUCCAUUUGAAACUGGCCUUUAUGACUAGAUAGUGUUUUCCACCACAUUUUCACAGAAACAGCUUUCCUACAUGUGUGUAGUAGUUCUCUCAGUCUUUAUGAAAUUUGGUUUAGUAAAUGCUGUAACUGGAGCAGCCUGAACUCAACACACGUAUUGGUUUGUUGUUAAUUAUGUUUUGUCCAAGACAUAUUUCAUGGUCUGACCUUUUCACAUCAUAAAUUUGCAAUGGAAGGUCCAAUCAGUCAUGAGCAGACACAAGUCCUUAAAUAUGUGUGUGAAUUUUGGCCACAGCUUAUAGUUAGAGGCUCCACAGCAACAGAAAAAUCAUCUGGUUGUAUUUCCUGAAUACCUGUUAAAGACAGCAACUAAAGCUAAAAUACAGUUUUACUUUCCUUAACGUCAGUAAGCAUCACUGACUUGGUAUCAACUAUCAAGCUCAGCAAAGAGUUCCAGUGUGGCAGCUUAUGCAAGGUUGCAAGCACAUGAAUUUCUGCAUACACUGGACCUUUUCUAGUUUAAUAUCCAUAUCUGGCUCCUGACAGAAGUUGAAUGAAAUCACUCACUUUUUUAGCUUCAAAUAGUAAAAGUUAAAAAACAUGAUAAAUAUAGAUGUGCAACUUAUCUUCUCAUUUUGUGCAGCUGACAUUAGCCUGAACUUACACAGUGAAACUACAAUGAUUGUCAUUUUUUUAAGUGAUUACAGGCGACACAUAAUGAUGUAGUUAUUAUGUAGCUGUGUAAAUAAAACAUGAAUGUAAUUAUUGUAUUUUAAUAUCACUAAAAUAUGUUCUAAAGUAGUGUUCAAUAUACUAUAUGUCAUAUGUGGGCUAAAUUAAUCAAAUAUAUAUAUAUAUAUAUAUAUACACACAUAUAAUAGUAUGUAAAAAAUUAUAACACAUACAUGUACAUAUGUGUCUAGUUUAAAGUGAAACAAGCCUGUAGCUUAAAUUAUGGAAUAUAAUUGUUUAGCCCCAUAUUAAAACAAGGGUGGAAACGCAUCACUGCUGAUAAUGCAGUGAAACUAAUGGCCUUGGUCUCUCCUGUUGUUCUGAUCGAAGCCAUAUUCCUAUUUAAGCUUAGCCAAACAUUAAAUUUAUAUUUUGUUUUUUAAUAUUUUAAGUGCCUCUCAGUCCUGAAUUGAAGUCAUUUAGCCACAGAUUAGCCUAUUUUCAGCAAAUUCAAGAGGUGGAUACCACUUAUUUUUAGUCAGAUUGUGAUGAAAUGAUGCUUUACAUUUCCAGACUCGGAUAAGACAGCAGACAUUGGUUUAUCUCUGGUUCAAAUACACAGACGAGUCUGAGAUAUAUUUAGCCAGACCGCCACAAAGACUAGAAGCAGAGGAAAAGUGGCGUAGCACUAAAUGUCAUGACUCCCAUUCUUGCAGAUUUGAUCCUGUCAUUUUUGAUGCAGUUCACAUUGGUGCUGCUAAAGCUACGCUCCUACAGGUUUGUCAUAGGACUGACAAAAACAUACUCAGCUGUUAAUGCACUGACUAAUCAGGACACAUUUACCCUAAAACAGUGAGCUCUGAAGCUUUUUUUUUUUUUUUAAAGGCUUGGAAGAAAUUUCUCUGCAAUCUCCUGAGCUUCCAUCAACUAAAAUACAGUUAUUGGCAUCGUUCUCCUGAACGGACUCUUAAAGCUACAGUCACUGAAAUUUAAAAAAAAAAGCCAUCAAAUCAAAAUACACACCUGCCUUUUGCAGCUUUCUUCUCUCAGUCCAAAUCAGAAAAGCAAAUAUGAAAAUACAUGAAGAAUAAACAUGCCUUUUCACACUUUUGUUAUGUAUGUAACCUCCUACCUGUCUGAAAAUAUCUGCAUGCAAAUAUCUGUCUGCAUCACAGGGUGGAUUGUUUUUUCAGCCUGAGAACAGAAAAGUGGGUAGAAUUCUUCUUUUCUGUCACACCACUUGAAUUACAAUAUGCUGAAAGGUAAUUAUGGAAUUGUUGCCCAGUGAUGCCAAAAAACUGUCAAGCACUGGAGCUUUAAAUUGAAUUCCAAACUCGCAUAUUUCCUGCUUCAACUCGACAGAACUAGUGAUUUGUGGUUAUUUUUUUAUUUAUUGAAAUUAAACAUAAGUUAUCUAAAUGGGAAAGGGAAAGGCCUGGAAUGUUAAUGAUUAUUAUUAUUAUUAUUAUUAUUAUUAUACAAUUACUUGCAAGUUUGUCUUAGUUUUAAUAUUAUUUUUGUUAACUCAUAAACUAUGGAGAAGUCUGACAUAUUGGCUUCUUUUUAUUUUUUUAGGGCUGGGGUCGGGGACUUUAAAGUCAAAACAAUAAGACUGACACUGUCUGCUUCUCAACGACACACUGUUGCUUUGCCAUAAGAUGUAGUCCCCUUAUGGAACCCCCUUAAACCUGAAAAAUGUACUUUAAUUCUGCUUCUAGGUUGUAUAGAGUUUGAACAAAAGGUUUACAGCAUGUUCACUAUGGAGCUUCCUGUCCCUAUACUACACCAGAUUAUUCCCAGGUUAGUGUAACACACAUGACUGAUACGUGUGUCAUCCUUUAUCUCACACUUGGUAUAAAAGCAAUUAGCAGAUGUGUUACAGUAUUAUUUUAUGUUCAAAUAAUAUUCAAAUAAAAUGUUACAGUUAUAACAGGCUAAUAUCUGUAUUACAGUGCUUUGGGAAACUGAGUGUAGAUGGAAAAGACAUUGAUUUUAAUUUUAAAUAAAGCUAAUAUUUUAUUAAGAACCUGCUUUAACCCAGAACAGAAUCAGUUUGACUUUGCCUCAUUAUGUAGAUGAACGAUCCAAACAGCAUUUUAUACUUCGAAUUUAUUUGUUUUGCAGAGCUGUGUUCUCACUUCCUAUCAAAUGUUUGUGGUUGCACUUGAUUUCUAUAUAUGUCUAAUUUAUUAACUUAAGUGCAAAAAGUGGUUUACAACUUGGAUGUAGAUAACAUUGUUAACUGUUUUUUCAAGUGAAUGUAAAAAGUAACAGAUGUGCAAUACUGCUGAGCAUCAGCUAUGUACCUUAUUUAACAUGCAAAUGUUAUUUUAUGGAAAUCCAUUAUUAAAAAGUGGCUGUA